CAGACUUUGAGAUUUAUAAUACGUAGUCAAGUCGCAGAAGUCGUAUCGAGGUCGUCAUGCAUUUUCUCCUUCGUUUUUCUCUUCUUCUCUUCGUCGCCUGCGUGGUGGUCACUGGAAACCCCGCGGCAGGGAAGCCAUGGCACUGGAAGUCACUGAAACCCUUAGUGAAUCCUCGCGGCUCACCCAAGACAGGUGGCACUCGCAUCGUGGGUGGCACUGAGGCCGUCCCUCACUCGUGGCCCCAUCAGGUGGCUCUCUUCGUCGACUUCCUGUACUUCUGCGGCGGUUCCCUCAUCUCCAGCGAGUGGGUCCUCACGGCUGCUCACUGCGUCGACAGACACCUCUCCGUGGAGGUGGUCCUCGGCGCCCACAACCUGUUCGAGGCCGAGGACACCCAAGUCACGAUGAGUUCAAGUGACUUCUUCGCCCACGAGGACUGGGACUCCUUCACCGUGGCCAACGACAUCGCCCUCGUCAGGUUGCCGACGCCCGUGGAAUUCACAGCAUCUCCAUUCAAGUUGCCACACUUCGUCGCCGCCUAUCGAUCGCUCUUCAUCGCCUCCUUCGUCGACACACUUCAUUCGCCUCAUUCACGUUGCACUCCUUCGUCGACUCCUUCACACUCCUUCGUUGAAAACCUCACAAAUUUCGUCACCUCAAACUUACACGAUCGCACUACAAACUUCGUAAAACGCCUCCCUCGAUUUCAUUCCUCCAACUUUUAUCACCGCCUUACGUUCGUCCUCCUUCGACCGACUGCUUGCCGCUAUUGUGCGGGCAGCGUCCUUCGUCAGGUGGACGUUGCCUGUCCCAUUGGAGAGGCGAGACAAUGUGAUAAGAUCUAUGGGAUCGUCGGCGAAGGUCAAGUAUGCGUCGACAGCACCGGAGGUCAAGGGACGUGUCACGGUGACUCCGGCGGGCCCCUCAACCUCAACGGCAUGACCUACGGCAUCGCCUCCUUCGGGUCUUCUGCAGGGUGCGAAGCCGGAGAACCAGACGGAUUCACCCGAGUCUUCCAUUAUCUGGACUGGAUCGAGGAGAAGACGGGCGUGACUCCUUGAGAAGACGGGUCAAGUUCAGAGACGUGUGGGUGGGUCUGGAGUAGAGAAAGGGGUGGAUAUUUUUGUUUCUUUUUUUUUUUUGU